AAUUUCUGCCCCCCCAUAAUAGCCGUUGUUUUAGGACGUUUACCAAGUCUUCUUUGUGUUUGAUUUACUCUUAUUUUGUCUUCCUUAAACGUCUAGAAAAAAUAGAGAAGAAGUGUUCAAGGUUUUUAGGUGUGGAAAAUGUCAUAAAGUUUGAAUCUUUGAAUGGUAGUUGGUUUGUUUGUUUCAACUUUGUAUAGCCACAAAAGGGAAAUUAUAUGUUUUCUUUCAAGGAUCCUCAUGUGGGGUUUUUAAAAUUUUAGAUAAAAAUUUAAUCUUUUUUCACCUCAAAGUUCACUUUUGAUGCUUUUUUUGAGUAGCCACAAAAAAAUGGCAUUUUAUGCUUCUUGUUACUUUUCCUAGAAUGAUCCUCAUGUAUAGGUCAUUUGGGUUGUCACUGGAUUUCUUGAAUUUCUGUGUAGACUUGGUUGGUAUCCAAAAUUGAGCCUUUCUUGAACACACCCUAUAUGGCUGUGAUUGGUUACUUUGAAGUUUAGAGAUGUUGGAGGUAGAUGAGAAGGAUAGGGUACCUGGUGGGAAUCGGAAAACGUAUGCGCGGUCUAUUUCCUGGUCUGAUAGGUCCCCUACCAAGUCCAGUGCGGUGAAACCACAAUGGAACAGCAAAGCACGGGCUUGUUUGCCGCCCCUUCAGCCUCUUUCCAUUACUAGACCAAGUGCUGAGGAGUGGCCUUGUGCUGGUUCAGAUGAUCUUGGUGUAUGGCCGAAUAAUCCCUCUACUCCAGGUGUAAGGCUUGGAUCAGUCAGCACCCGUGAAGGUUCAGAUACUAAGAAGCCUCCGCGAGAAUUUGAAUUCAAGAAAGAUAAGCUUGCUUUCUUCAAUAAGGAAUGCUCUAAGAUUGUGGAUCACAUUUAUUUAGGAAGUGACACCGUGGCAAAGAAUCGAGACAUUCUCCGUGAGAAUGGUAUCACUCAUGUCUUAAACUGUGUUGGAUUUAGCUGUCCGGAAUACUUUAAGGAUGAUCUUGUAUACAAGACACUUUGGCUGCAGGAUAGCCCCACUGAGGAUAUCACGAGUAUUCUUUAUGAUGUCUUUGAUUAUUUUGAAGAUGUUCGUGAACGAGGUGGGAGAGUCUUUGUACACUGUUUCCAGGGGGUGUCCCGAUCAACUUCCUUGGUUAUUGCAUAUCUUAUGUGGAAAGAGGGGCUGAGCUUUGAAGAUGCAUUCCAGCAUGUAAAAGCUGCUAGAGGGGUGACAAAUCCGAAUAUGGGUUUUGCUUGCCAGCUAUUGCAGUGCCAGAAACGAGUGCAUGCUUUACCUGUAAGUCCGACUUCUGUGCUAAGGAUGUACAGGAUGGCACCUCACUCCCCAUAUGAUCCCCUUCAUUUGGUGCCAAAAAUGCUGAGUGAGGCAGGAGCUCAAGGACUUGAUUCUCGUGGAGCCUUCCUUGUUCUUACUCCUUCUGCCAUAUAUGUGUGGGUCGGAAAGCACUGUGUCUCUGUCAUGUCAGAUAACGCCAGGGCUGCAGCCUUUCAGGUAAUCCGCUAUGAAAAGGCUCAAGGUCCUGUUUUAAUUAUCAAUGAAGGCAAAGAGCCUUCUGAAUUUUGGGGUGCUAUUAGCCAUGAAAGCUUCUUUUCUGGUGGUUGUGGCAAAGAAAAUACCAAGGUGGAACCCAGUUUCGUAGCUGGAAAUGAUAUGGUUACUGAUAACAUCAGCAAGUAUAUUGGUCAAAAGAAUGAAUAUGAUCUUGAUUUUGAAAUUUUCUGCAAAGCACUUGCCGGUGGGGUUGUUCCACCUUUUCCAUUGCCAGGUACUGAAUCUGAGACAUGUCUUCCUGCAAGAGCGAAUGGAUGGAGUAGAUUGAGAUGGAAGUUUUCCAGUGGAAUAAUGAAAGAAUUUAUCACUGCUUCCAAGUUAUAUAGUCAUCCUGACCAAACGAGUCCUGUACUCGAUAAGAUGGAGACAAGUAAAGAACUCUCUCCUGCUUUGCCUUCAUCACCUUCAAGUCCUCAGUGUGGAUCACCAGAUUCCUUCUCUUCUUAUGCAACCAGCAGUCCAAGUUGGACAAAGGAUCCUUCUUCAGAGCCUGUGCUAUCGCCAUCACCUUCAUUUGGCUCACUUGAUUCUCUCUCUUGUUUUCUUGUUAGUAAACCAAAGUCUAAUACCACAUCCCCCUCACUCUCACCGUCUACCUCAGAUUACUCCAGUUCUUUCACCUUUUCUCCCUCAUCUUCUAAUUGGUCUGACUUGGCAUACCUAUCUGCACAGCCUUCACCUACAAAGUUUGAGUAUGAAGAUCCUAACUUUGUGAAGAAUGAUUUCUUCAAAGCAACACCCGUUACAGCAGAGGAAGCAUUUCCAACCAGUCGUGCUCUUAGACGGACAAACAGUUGUUUAGAGUACAAAGAAGCUUCCCUUUCGCUAGCAGAACGCAGAGGCAGUCAUCCUCCACCUAGGAUGAUGUUACGUUCCAAUGAUGAUUCCAUCUCGGUGAAGUUGGUAAGAACAUCGUCAUUUUCUCUUACUAACUUUGGAGACAAUACGGUGAAGUGUGUUGAGUCUGACAACCUUAAUGAUGGAGAUUUUGCUGAUACUAGUAAAGAGGAGCUAAUGUUAGAUGCUGGGAGUUCCAUUACUGACAAUCAAGAUGUAUCUGGCAGUUUCAAUGACCAUCCUAUUGACUUUCCCAUCAGAGUUGCAGAAACAACUGAUAUAGGUCUUUAUCAAUGGCCUUCUAUGCAUAGAUUAGGCUUGGCUUCUGGGGUUCUCGAUUCAAGGUCUGUCUAUAUUAUAGUCACUCCUGACUUGAGUUUAUAUGAAAAUAGUUCCAAUAGUUUGUACAUCUGGAUUGGCCGUGACGUGCAAUGGAAGGGAAGUACAAAUCAAGUGAUCAACAAUGAUUCCAUGUGUGAAGAUGGUCAUGUCCAUUGGGAGAAAGUUGGACGCGGUUUUCUUGUUCAGAAGGGCUUAGCUACUAGCUCUCUAGUUCAGAUAGUGAGAGAAGGCGAGGAACCUGAGCAGCUUCUUAAGCAUCUGCCAUGUUUCUCAUUUGAGAAGGCAUUAGAUGUUGGGGUCAAGUAGGUCGGAUAAAAAAGUGGGGAUACCAAUCUUUGCUUCAAUCCUUCUGGCAAGGAUCUUGGUUAGUGAGCAUCCCAGGCAGUAAAAAGUUGAAGGUUUCUGCUAGUGUGAUGUGAUGAUGAUGAUACAAGGAGAGGAUUUAAUUUCUCUCAAGAAAAGCAGCAUGUACAGGGAACAAGUUGCUGUAUAGGAGUUAAAUAAGUAUAUAAACUCUUGUUGGAAAUAAGUAUACUGGUCCCUUUUCCCUGUUCAUACCAUCCAACUACACUUAGCACCAAAAGGUGUAGUAGCCCUGCAUUGGGACAUUUAGCAUUGUUACAUACCCAAAUUCUCUUAAAUGUUUUCAUCAUAAAUUGUUCAAUGUAGAGUGGGGCUUGUUUGGCUCUGCAGCUUCUUCAUUCAUUAUUGGAAUGAAAGUGCAUGGAUAACAAUGGUAUCAACUGUUUCUUCCUUGUGGAACUUUGAACAGACUUCAGCUUUUGGCAUGGGCGAUUUUUAGUACUUC